AUGGGCAUCACUGUGAUCAUCCACAAAGAGGGUGGUGGGGAGCAGGAUGGUGGCUGUGGCUUCUGCAGCCCCACCGACCUCCCACACUUCCUCCUGCCCAAGGUACAAAAGGAGAAGCAGGCAGGCACAGUGUGGGCACAAGGACAGGCCAGCGCACCCGCAGCACUCAGCAGCCACCUCGGGGCACUCCGCAGCUCCUGGACACAGACGGGAGCCGGGAGCUGCACAGCCUCUGUGCCCAGCUAGAGUUCCUCCUCCAGUUUGACCUCAAGGAGAAGAGGAGCUUCUUUGGGCAGCGCAAGGACUAUUGGGACUUCUUGUGCCAGGGCUUAGCACGGUGCCGGCAGGAGCAUGAAGGCAUUCACUUCGUCACCUCCCUGGACAAGGUGGGCAUGGACCGCCUGGGGAUCCUCUUUCCCUCCUGCAUGGGUGGGGAGGGAGGUGGGGGGGGGCAGACUGGAAUGACAGGGAUGGAAUACCCCCUCUCCCCCGCAGCUGAAGACCCCUGUGGGCAGGGGCCGAGCCUUUCUGCGGUACUGCCUGGUGCACCAGCAGCUGGCAGAAUCCCUGCAGCUCUGCCUCCUCGACCCUGAGAGCCUCUGCGAGUGGUACUACGCCCGUAGCCCCUUCCUGAGCCCCAAACAGCGAGCAGAGAUCCUGGGUAGCCUCUAUGAGCUGGACUGUGUCACCUUCCACCUGACCCUGCACAGGGAUGACCUGGACACUGCCUGGCCCAUGUUCUCUGAGCCACUGGUACGGCCCAGCCCGGUGAUCAGGAGCAGCCCAGCAAAGACAGCCCUGCAGACAGUCAGUAUCGGCACUGCAGCGCAUGGAUGGUCCGACGGCAUCUGCCAUCCCACUGUGGCACUCCGUGGGACACCAGCCCGUCUGUGCCCACCCACUUUGGCUGCCCUGCAGGCAGGGAAUGUGGAAAUUGAAGAUAUAAAGAGAGAUGUAGAGGAUGGGGAGGUGAAGAAGGACAUGGAAGAGGAGGAUGAAGAGGGGGUGGAGAAGGAUGACAGUGAGGAUACAAAGGAGGUGAAGGUGGACGUGGAGAAGGACAUGGAGGAGGAUUUGGAAGAGAAGGAUGAAGAGUUGGAGGAGGAUGAGAAGGAGAUGAAAGAUGUGGAUGUACAGGAACUGGAGGACAAGGCAUCCCAGCCUGAUGGUGCUGGAGAGCCAGGUACAAGGUGCAUGCUGGGGUCCCUGUCACUGGUGCCCAGGCAGCCGGCUGGGACAGAGGAAUCCCUGCAGGCACUGGUGUCGCAGCUGAGGGCUGAGCUGGCUCAGCGUGAGGUGGCAGCACAGGCCCUGGCAGUGCGGCUGGCACAGGCGGAGCUGCGGCACCAGCGGCAGGAGGAGGACAGUGCCCAGCUGUGGGCACGCGAGGCUGAGGCACUGCGGGAAACCAACACCUUCCUGGAGCAGGCACUGGAGGCAGCGGGGGACCCGGGGGCACUGGCACGGGCACAGGAGGAGGCACGGCGCUGGCAAGAGGUGGCAGAGGAGCGGGGUACCCAGCUGGCCAGGGUGCAGGCAGAGGCGGCGGCGCUGACCUCGCGCCUGCAGGAAUGCCAGGAAGCGCUGGUGGCGGCGGGACAGACGGACAUGCUGAAGGAUGCUGGUGCCUCAGACGAGCUGGCUGCCGUGGAGAAGGUGCUGCAGCAGGCACUGGAGCUGGCCCGUGGUCCCCAGGAGCCCCCACCAUCCCCCCAGGCAGAAGGGGAACCCAGCACGAUCACCAGCAUGGCCAUGCGCUUGGCCAGCCUGGCCGCCACAGCACAGGAGGAGACCUGGCAGAGCCGGCAGCAGCUCCAGGCCCAGCGACAGGAGAUGGCACAGCUGCAGGAGGAGCUCAGCAGGGCCCGUCAGGACGGUGAGCGCUGGGCGUGGGCGCUGCAGCGGGCGCAGCGGGAAGCCCUGGAGCGGGAGGCCACGCGCGGCGCCGAGCAGGCACGGCAGCAGGAGCUCAUCCGCGACAUGAAGGAGCGGCUGCUGGAGCUGCUGCGGGAGAAGGAUGCCCUGUGGCAGAAGACAGAGGGCAUUAACACCCCGAUGCCCAGUCCCGUGCCCCGCGACCCAGGAUUGUGUGCCCGCUGCCACAAGGAUUUCCGCCUGCUCUCCCGACGGUACAACUGCAGGUGGGCUUGCAGGGAUGGCUCAGCUCUCACCUCCUGCUCUCUCAGCAGCUUGUGCCAGGGCAAGGUGUGCCACGCGUGCUCCGUGGACGUGGGCAAGCACGGCCGCUGCUGCCGGAUUUGCUACCAGCAAAGGCAACUGCAGGCUACAUGAGAGGGGACACAGCCCUGGCACAGUGUCUGGCACACCUCCUGCUCUGGUUGCCUCCUCUUGGACUUAACCAUGUACCCAGGUGUCUGGGCCCUGCAUGCAGGUCCUGCUGCCCAACAUUUUGGGUUUGAUGUGUCUUUCUUGCGGCUGGUCCACAAAGAGGAAAAAUACUAAUUUCUGCUA